CUUGUCACCUUAGCUGACAUUUUGAACACGUUUUAUGUAUAUUUGUGUGGCGGAAAUCCAUAUAUAUGAUAGUUUACCAAUAACAUAAUCAAUAUUAGUUUUAACUUCGCUGGUAUGUUCCAAUUUUUGUGACCAAGCUAGCUUUUUGAGCUAAAAUGGCUUACCUUAGGUCAUAUGUGUUUGUUAGGCGGAUUUUUGUGUGGCCUAAGCUGUCUUUUUCAUCUCAUUUUUCAUCUUUUUCAUCUCAAGGCACUACCCCUACUGUUCAGGUAACACCACCAGUGAAAAACCGUAAAAAGAAAAGGCACAAGAAGCCCCUCUUGGUUGAUAAUGUUUCCUGGGAGGAAAGGCUGUCCUCUGUGGUCACCCCUCUUUGGAAGCUAAGUUACGACGAGCAGUUGGAACUCAAGCAAAAACACCAGGAGAAGAUCCUGGCAGAGCUAUCUGGAUAUCUUCAUUCCCAAUGUCCUCCCGGAGAGAUCAGCUUCCCAGUCUUGCCUAUCCCGCCGUCCCCAGUUAGGGAUGCCUACCGCAACAAGUCCACCUUCUCCGUCAACAAGGGCGUGGAUGGAAAUCCAAAGACGGUUGGUUUUUACGUGGGAAGAGGCAGGGAUGGGAAUAUCGUCUGCGUCAAUGGAGACCAUCUACUCAACAUGCCAGAAAAGCACAAGCAAGUGGCGAGAUGCUACCAGGAGUUCAUCCGACGCUCUCCCUUGGAGCCAUGCCUCCUCUUCCACGCUGGGGGUCACUGGAGGGAGGUCACGGUGAGGACCAACGUGGCGGGCCACACCAUGGCUGUUGUGUAUUUCCACCCGCAGGAACUCACAGAAGACGAGGUUGCGGUCCACAAAGCAGAGUUGGUGGAGUUCUUCACGACAGGUGAGGGAUCGGUUUGUCAGCUGGACUCGCUUUUCUUCCAAGAGAGUGCCAUGACCCGCUGCACGCAUGAGGACUCGCCUUACCAGCUCCUGUAUGGUUGGACGCACAUUCAUGAGGAGGUGCUGGGCUUCCGCUUCCGCAUCUCCCCCGACGCCUUCUUCCAGGUGAACCAGGCCGCCGCUCACGUGUUGUACAGCACCGUGAGAGACCUAUGUGUCCCCAUUUCGGAGGACAAAGGAGGAACUCUCCUCGACGUGUGCUGUGGGACAGGUGCCAUGGGCAUCACCGCGUUCCCCAAAGUGGAGCGACUGAUCGGCGUGGAGCUCAUCGAGCAGGCCGUGGAAGACGCCAGACACAACGCCGCCCUCAAUAACCUCCGCAACUGUGAGUUCAUAUCUGGGAAAGCAGAGCUCGUCCUCCCCGGCCUCGUGUCCCAGUUGAGCUGUAAAGAAGGGGGGCGUCUCACGGUGGUGGUGAACCCUGCCCGCGCCGGCCUCCAUCACCGCGUGAUCAGGGCCUUGCGAAACCAAGCCGCCGUCCGCCGUCUGGUCUACGUGUCCUGUAAACCAGACGGCGAGGCGAUGAGGAACUUCAGGGAGCUUUGUUGUGCGCCCGACCCCAAGCGGAAACUCACAGGGGAGGCUUUUUCUCCAAGCGUGGCGGUGCCCGUGGACAUGUUUCCACACACACGGCACUGUGAGCUGGUGAUUCUCUUUGAGAGGUAGCCAAUCGCGUUUUUUGGCAUAACUCAUCCUGCCAUGUUUUUAUGGACCGUGCCUCACACACCGAGUUGGGACGAGGGAAGGGUGUCCAAAGUCCAAAAAUUAGCGUGUCCAAAAAUUACAUUUAACAAGAAAAUGUAAAAAAACACAACAGCAAAUAAGCAGUGAUUUUAAGAAUGAAGUCAAAAUAUUAGGAGAGAAAAGUUGUACUCUAACAAGAUAAAGUAACAAUUUUACUAGAAUUUGGGACUAUUAUGAGGAAAAAUAACUAUCCUAGUUACACAAAGCUGAAAAAUUAAAGAAAGAUGUUAAUUUUGAAGUUGAAUUGCAAUAUUAUGAGAAACAAAACAAUGAAAAAAGUUGUAGUUUAUGGAAAGUUAGGUUGUGAAAAAAGUUGCGGGAAUAAAGUCAUAAUUACAGGACGAAAAUGUUCAAGAGGAAAGUUAAAAUAGUUGGAAAUUUAAAAUAAAAAAACAGCAGUAAAUAUGGGUAUUGAGUUAUUUCUUGAAACAUAUCCUUUCACUUUUCAGUACACGGCCCCGCUGGGUUAGGGUUAGGGUUAGGAUUCGGGGGUUUGGGUUGGGGUUAGGCCUUCCCGUAACUGUUCCCACACAUUUAAGAGCAUAAAUGUGGUUAAAAUGUCUUUGAAACUUGAAUAACUGAAGGUGCUGAUGAAUGGUUUAUUUUUAGAGGGGUGGCCUUCAGCUGCUGUAACCUUAUUUGUACACUAGAUGGCGGUGAAACUCUUCCUCAUGCCAUGUCUUCAAGGCGUUGUUAUACUUGUGCUUAACGUAAAUGAUUCCCCCCCCCCCCCCCCCCCUUUUGGACUUGUGUUCUAUCUUGGCCAAGAUGAAGGUCCAGACCUUGUUGGGCUGCCCCGGUCUGACCACAGUUCAUGUCAGACUGAAUUUAAUAUUACACAACCCCAUGGGCUGUUGAACCGAAGCUCCGGGCGAGUGGGACUAAAGGUCACAGACCGCCGGUGGCCAUGUCUCCUGUCUCCAAGGAGUCAGAAAGCUAUUGUCACUGCUCUAUGACAUCAUGGGGUUACUUGCGUUUGCAGCCUCUUGCAAAAUGUUCGUCUGCUGUUUUGAGCCAUUUUGUAAAUAAACUUUGCGGCAAUCUACCCCCCUGUGGGUUUGAUUUCAUAAUUGGCAGCGGCUAUCACAGUGCUUGGGGAACUCUAAAGGCAGCAAUAAAGCAAGGAAUAUCCUUCACUGUGAGGGCCACAUUGUGAAAAAUGAAAAGAUGCAAGGGCCAUUUGGAUAUUUCCCACAAAUUAAAUAUCAGCGUGCCACAACACAACUGAACACAAAAUUCAGUUUUGAAGUUAAACUUUUUAUUAUGAAGGUAUAUAACAAACCCAAAGCUCCAUGUCCCUGUGUGAAAAAGUGAUUGCCCCUAAAGCUAAUAAGUGGUUUGACCACCAAUAGCAGAAACAACUGCAAUCAAACGUUUGUGCUAACUUGCAAUGAGUCUCUUCCAGGAACAUGGACGAGGAAACGAAAGAUCCACGUCUCUGUCGCGGCUGCUAAGUACAAUAUGGCAAAGUCGACAACACCGCUAAAAGAACAGAUGCUAGAAGACCCUGAGAAAGUGAGCCGUGUUAAGGUGAAGACCCUUUAUUAUAUUAUAUCUGACCUUUAACUCUUACAUUUAAUUAUAGUUCCUAAAGGUUUUAGGAUGGUGACCGUUCGACCCAUUUUUAUUGCUUCCUGUGGGAAAUUGAUUUUAAUGAGGCUCCACUGUUAUGUUGUGUUUUUUUUUUUUGCACUGUUUCAGUGUCAGUGCACUAAAAGCAACAUAUUAAACGACAGGCUCGUAAUGUACAACUCAUGUGGCCACCCUGUGCUGCAAAUGUCACUUAUUGACUUCCUGUCAGUGAGCUUACGCUACGUAAUGAUGACAUCACAUUUCCUUUGCAUUGAAAUGACAUGAUAGUACAUCAUAUUUUCAUUUAUUAAAAUUCAACCACAGCAACCAACAAACAUUACCUGGGAAAAAUCCCCUUUUGAUGUAAAAAACAACAACAGGUUGCACAGUUGCUCAAAGGGUGACAACUGAGCCAAAUGAGUCAUUUGUUUCGACUCAGUAAAAGAAUCGGAUAUUUCUGUUCCCAAACGAAAACAACAAUUUCAUAGCAAAAUAGGUGUCAAAUGAAUUGAUCAUGUAACAACACAAUGAGAACCAAUUAUAUUGUUGAU